CCAAGACUCCCAUUACAACCCCCAGACUUCACACAUGACUGUGUGUGAAGUGUGUGUGUGUUUGUGGGCACGUAAAGGAAGUGUUCCCCAGUAUUAUGAAGACUUAGCAACUCUGAAAUAAUGUGAUUGUCACGUGACCGGGUGGGAUAUUACCAGCGGAGGAAGCACAGUAGACACUAAUCCCGAGCUCCGGGUGUCUGCGGUAGCCUAGUCUAGAUGGACGCGCACCAAAACAAACCCAUCUGCUUAUGGAGACGCGUAAACUUUAACGGAAUAACGAAAAGACACCGUUUAUCAGUGACGUAAACCAUUUUCUGUUUGUUUUCACCCGUUCUGUUCUUUUUCAAAAGAAGAAGUACUCCCGCGUAUCUUUUUCGUUACGGAAUCCUCUGAUGCGCGCGCGGAAGCAGCAACAGACCCGUUACCACCGUCACACCUGCCAAUACACACCAUGCGCGCGUGGGGUGCGCUCUUUCGGUUCCUCUCCUCCUCUACGGCUUCCCUUCCCCCCUUCCUCCUCCUCCUCUUUGUCUCCAUGGUAACCCCCUCCAGACCCCAGUGGCCCCUCCUUCAGCGCGGUCCUGUCGUCCUGCCCUGGCACACGAAGGAGGCUCCGCCCCCCCACUUCCUGUCCCCGGCCCGACUGGAUGUGGCGUCCCCCUGCGACCCGGCAUGCCACCACAGAGCCCCUCCCCCCAGCUACUUGGACCUGCGGCGCCUGCUCUCCUACGAGACGCUGCACUCCAACGGAACACUCACAGAGACCGACGUGGGUAUCUAUGGUUACAGUCGCCGCCCCCCACCUGAGACACGCCCUGACCCCGAGGCCGUCGGCCUGGCCUCCCGGCCUCGGUCUCGCCGGCGGCGCCAGAUCUUUGGGCACGACGGGCGCUUCAGCAUCACUGGGCGGGACUUCCUGUCGGGCUACCCGUUCUCCACGGCGGUCAAGCUGUCCACGGGGUGUUCGGGAACGCUGGUGGGCGAGCGCCAUGUUCUCACGGCGGCCCACUGCGUCCACGACGGGAAGAACUACGUCAAGGGAGCUCAGAAGCUCCGCGUGGGCUUCCUGAAACCCAAGUCCCGUGAAACACCCUCCUCCCCCUCUCUCUCCUCCACCGGUCGCCGCGAAAACUCUACAUCCUCUCCGGCCAUCGCCCUCGGUUACCCCUCCCCUCCAGCCGAGGAGAAGAUGAAGUUCCAGUGGAUCCGAGCCAGACGCACCCACGUGCCCAAGGGCUGGGUCAAGGCCGGGGCGAGUGCCAACGAGCUGGGCAUGGACUACGACUACGCCCUCCUGGAGCUGAAGAAGCCCCACCGCCGCCGUACCAUGAAGCUGGGCGUUAGCCCGCCCGCCAACCGCCUACCCGGAGGCCGGGUCCAUUUCUCGGGUUUCGACAGCGACAGGCCAGGCCAGCUGGUCUACCGCUUCUGCCAGGCAGGUGAGGAGACAGGAGACCUGCUGUACCAGCGCUGCGAUGCCCAACCCGGGGCCAGCGGAUCGGGGGUCUAUGCCCGCCUCUGGAACAGGAAGAGAGGGCGCUGGGAGAGGAAGGUGGUGGGCGUGUUCUCGGGCCACCAAUGGGUGGAGAGGGACGGCCGGGCGCAGGAGUUUAACGUGGCGGUCAAGGUGACGCCGCUCAAGUACGCUCAGAUCUGCUACUGGAUCAAAGGAAAUUAUGUGGACUGUAGAGAGGGCUGAGGAGGAGGGGAGGGAAAGGAAGGAGGGGAUAUAAGAGAAGCAAGGAAAGAGCAGAAGAGAGGAUAGGAAGAGAGGAUAAGACAGGAGACAGGUCAGAAAAGAGGGAGAUCAGUAGCCCGGGGCGACACUAUGGCUCUGUUGUUAUAAUGGUGAAACACUCAUACUCUCUAUACUCUACUACCAAACAUAAAAAGAAAGAAGAGAAUUUCAGCUUCUACCAUAAACUGCUGCCCCUGCAUUUGGAGCUCAGAGCACGGAGAACUCCACUGAGGACACUGCUGUCUCUAUGGCACAGCAUUCUGACUUUGCUACUUAAUUUCAUGUUUUGUUUCAUAAUGUCUAAAACACAUUUCUCUGCACCUCCUAGUCCUACUGACACACCUGUCUGUGUCCACGCCUGUUGCACACCCACGUUCUCAAUCCUCCAACCGUGCUAUGGAGAUAAAUACGAAUGUAACUGAAAAAGACCAAAACACUUUUGUUUCCUGUCACAUUUUCCCCUGUCCAGUUGUAACCCACCUGUAUCAUUCAAGCCCUCUCCAGCUUCAACUGCACCUGUUCUGCACAGCUCCUGCUUGAACUAGCUAUCCAAGUAUCCCAGAAAGACCAGGGGCCUCAUUUAUCAAGCGUGCGUGGAAAUUCUGUUCUUACGUGGAGGUUUGGAACAUUCCCACGAACAGUUCAAGGUGUGAUUUAUCAAACAUUCGUACGAGCGGCGUACGCACACUUCCAAGAAAUCUCUUGGCAUGAUAAAUCGCCACUUUUGCGUGGAUCCAUUCGUACCCACGGUUCACACACAUAUUAGUGCGUACGAAUGGUUGAUAAAUGAGGCCACAGGUGUGUGCAUUGCUGAUGGGUCAGGAGCAAUCUUAACUGAGCAUGACUGUGCUGUACCUGCCUGGCCACUGAAUGGUGGGCUCGCAGCACCCCCUAGUGGAGCCAGAAGGAAACUAAAUACAUUUCUGAUGCAUAAGCAGUUCCUUCGUCCAAAUCGUAACGCCUUUCUGGGUCUCUGUAACAAUCCUGCAGUAUAUCAUGUGCCGCCAUGCAAAAAAAAUAAAAUACUUUCUUAUCUCUUA